UUUCUGCAGCAUCAUCAGAAUGAUUGUGUUCAAACUUCUGGACAGUUUUGGUAGCUUGUUCUGCAGUCAUGGCUAGAGUCUGGUUACAGUUAUGUCUACCGCUCUUCUUAUUUACAAGCACACUCUGUGUAGAUGUGAGUCUAAUCCAAGUCCCUACAAAUGAUGGAAUUUCUGGAGUAUUGUUAGUCCAAACCAAGAACAAUGUGUACAGUUUUAAUGCCACCACAGCCAAAGAAGCAUGUGAGGCUAUUCAAAUGAGAAUUGCUAAUAAGGCUGAAGUGGAAACGGCAAACAAAAAUGGCUUUCAGACAUGCAGGUUUGGUUGGGUUGAGGAGCAAAUCGCUGUUAUUCCCCGAAUCGAGAAAAGCGAUAAAUGUGGUCAAAACAAGUUAGGCAUUUCUGUUUGGAGAGCUAACAUCAGCAAAGAGUUCGAUGUUUACUGUUUUAAGCCAGCAGGUCCUGAUGGAUCAUUUGAAACAACAUCAAGCAGGCCUCAAUCUACAACAGGAGGAAGAACACAAUCAAACAACCAUUAUUCCACUAAAACAACCCAUCCAUCAUCCACCGAGUCAGCCUCUACUCCUGCCUACACAUCAAGAUCGCUUCCUCCCUACACAUCCACCCCAUCCACUUCCUUUACUUUCAACACUUCCUCUACAACAUUUACAACAGUUAGUCUUUCUAGCACCAGUGACAGUUCCCAGGCAACAACAAGCACUCUGUCUCUUUCAUCUCUCAGAACUUCAGGCAAAUUCUCAACAUCAUCCCCCUCAUCAUCCUCUCAUUCAUCCACUCAUUUUCUUCUUCAGCAUAGUUCAACUCCAACAGGUCAUCCCGCAUUGUCCCAGACUACACAUAACAGACCAUCCAUUAAAGCUUCCAAAACAUUUGUCAUCAUUUCCAUCGUGCUACUGUUCUUGCUGGCAGCGGCAGGUGCAGCUUGGUAUCUCAAAAUUAAAAGAGGACAACGGCUUCCAUCCUGGUCCAGAAUGAGGCCAGACCAGAUUAUGGAAACGGAGAUGUGGAAACAAAUAAGUGAGAGGCAUUGUAUGCCAAAACAGACCAACAAAAACAACAACAAAGGAAUAUGCAACAUCGUCUUUCAAAUGGAACAAAACCCGGACUCACCCUAAAAAACACUGCGUUUUUGUAAUAAAUAAAAUUUAAAAAAUAAUAAUAAUAAUCAAUUGUUAGGCCUACUUUGUUUUUAGUUUGCUGCUCAUUUCAUUUUCAAAUAUUAUUUUACUUUCAAAUAUCAAUAACGGAUGUAAAUACUACUCCGUUUUUAAUAGUACUGUAUGAUAAGGCUAAAUGAUAAUAAUUUGUACUCUUUUAAUUCCUUAGAUAUAUCACUUGUUGUCUGUAAGUAUCAAUGGAUUUUUAUAUAUAUAUAUAUUUUUUAAGUAUCAAGGUUCAAUACAUUUUACCACUGAGCGUGACAUCAUCAACCCGCGUCAGUGUUUUCUUGUUAUCAUCUUACUUGUCAUCUCGAAUAUUUGCCUGGAUAAAACAAAUGUCAGCAGGUUUGUAGUCACUUAUUUUAAUCUCACUGUUUCGUGUACAUCUGUAGCCAAUACUAAGUGUUGUGUGUGUUUCCGUUACGGUCUUUAUGUAUUGUUUUGGCUAGCCAAGCUAACACUAGUAGCAACUGUAAAUGUUUUAUAUCAACAUCGUAUUUAAACCGCCUUUUCACAUUCUCAAACAAAUGUAACGUUAUAUGGUUCACACGUCUACUUGGAUGUUACGUGUUUUCAAAGACAGUUUGUAAUUUUUGGUUAACAAAAAUGUAGGUAAGAAGAUGAAUAAACACCUGUUCAUUUCGAAAG